AUAUUUUUUUUUUGCAUAUCGUUGGUCUCAUUCCGUAUCGAUCUUUGUCUAAUUCGGGUUCUAGACUGGGUCAAAUAGGUUACCGAAGUGAGCAGGCUUAUUUUUUUUACUCGUCGAUUUUUCGAAAACAGACAUCUAGACGGUAGCCUAAACACACAAAAUAUUAUAAAAUGGAUCCUCAAACAUACAUGGAUAUCGCAACAAUAGUUACAAAAUUAAAAAUGUAUCCAUAUUUCGAUAUCGCACAUUACAUUCUAAUGUGUGUAGCCGUUCGUGAGGAUGUGUUGCCCCAACAAGCGCAAAGUACUCCUUCACUUCCAUUCUCCCGCAAGCAUCCUUUGUCAAGCUGGUUAUCAUCUAUGCUGAUUUGUUUUGCUGGUAGCAUAAUCGCAAACUUUUUACUGGGAGAGCCAGUAAUUACUCCAUUUAAAGAUCAUCAGAGUAUAAUUACAGCAACAGCUGUUUGGUACCUUGUAAAUUACUCUCCUUUUGAUUUAAUCUACAAGUUAUGUAAGUUUCUUCCAGUCAAAUUAAUCAUAUGUGUGCUCAAAGAAACCCAGAGGGCUCAUAAAGUUUAUCAUGGAGUGUUAGUAGCAGCUAAACUCUAUCCUGGAUCCUACCUCAUUAUUGUAAUUAUUGGAACUAUCAAAGGUGCAGGUAGUGGCUUAAUGAAAAAUUUUGAUAGACUCACUCGAGGUAUUUGGAUUCCUGGAAGCAACGAGAUCUUACAGCCAAGUUUCGCCACAAAAGCUAGUCUGGUUGCAUCAAUUAUUUUCCUGUGUGAGCGUCUCAACUUGAUAGCUGUCCCACAUCCUCUGAUCUACUUUGGUGUGGUUCUUUUCUUUGUGUAUUUCAAGAUCUCUUCUGUUGUGUUAGGCAUCCAUGAUCCUUUUGUUCCCCUUGAGAACCUGUUUUGUGCUAUCUUUAUGGGGGGAAUGUGGGAUGCCCUGAGACGAGCAGCAAUCAAGGAACCUGCUAAAGAAGAUGAAAAUAAAGAUCCAAGAAAUGAUGUGAUCAAGUCCAAAGAAGAAAAAAAGAAAGAUUAGUAGCUUUGCUAAGUUUAUAUUUAAUACGUUACAUUAAUUGAAAUACUGUUUCAUCUGUAGAGUUUGAUAGAAUAUUUUAUUUUGAAAAACAAAUGUGAGAAUCAAAAUAAUAUUAUGUGUUCUUUUCAUUUAUUUUAGUACCAAUUUUAUUUUACCUAUUAAUUGUUUAAAAGAGGAUAUUAAGCAUGGUACAAAGCAAGUAUUAAUUGACUAUAAAUCAGUAAUCAUUGAUGUCACCAUAAGUUAAAUUUAGAAAGCAGCAAUAUUUUUAGAUUUUCACAUUUAUUUUUUUUUUUAAAUUAUGGAUCAUUAAAUAUGAUUAGUCAGUAUUAUUUUAAAAAUCUCUUAACAAUCACAAUAUGUAAUUAAAUUACCCUUAUUUUCAUAAUUUCAAAAUAGUAUUUGUUGUGGAAAGUUUUGAAACGAAUAACCAGAGAAUUGUAAUAAAUCACUGAGUGAAUCUUUUUUUUUUCAUUUGCAUUUAAUAAGGUUUAUUUUUUUUUUUUUUAACUUUAGCUAUUUUUAAUAUAAAAUCAUUUUUUAUUUGAAAAACUUAUGUUGUAGAAAAGUCAUAUUCUUUUAUAAGCUAUGUCAUUAUUGAAAUUCAAUUAUUGUAUUAAGAAGUAUACCUAUAAAAAAAAUUUCAGUGCAAUAUUUCAAAAAUGUCGAAUGAAUAAUUCUAACACUACUGGGGACAAAAAUACAUAAAUGAUUUAAAACCCUUCAGUUUGUGGAAGUUUCUUUUUUUUUUUUAAUUUGCCAAUGUCUUUUUAUUGAACAUAUCUUCUACAUGUUGAUCUUAAAUAUUGAUAUUUUAUUUAUAGCUUUAUGGAAUAACAGUUAAAAUAACUCAUUCAAGUGUGAAAGAUUUUUUAUUUUGCCAUUCAGGUUUAACUUUUGAAUAUUGAAAACUGGAAGUGAGAUUUCACUUUUAAUUAUUCAUUUGAAUGUUUAGCUGUUAAUGUGUGACCUAAUUAGUUUUACAUGCUAAGUAUUCUGGAGUGUUGUACAAUACUUGUUCAGAUAUUGAUUUACAAUUUAUUUAUUAACACUUUUAUCAUCCCUUUCUUGACUUGGUUUUCUUUGGCCACAUUCCAACUUUAAUUUGUCCACAUGCUUACAACUUAUUGUAUGAGCAAUUUAUCCCUAGUACUCCAUAUAUUUUAAAGUUGUGGCCUGAAUUUCAAAUGUGUGACCCUUCUCUAUUCAUAUUUUUUUUUUUUUAAUUUACAUAGAUCUUUUGCUUCUGUCACUGUGGCACUUAAAUUCUAGUAUCAUUUUUUUUUCAGAAGGGCCACUCAAAAGUAUAAGAUCAAAUUGUUGUCCUAAAUUGUGGAUUUUUCCACAUUUUACUUCCUUUGGUGGUAUAUUUUUAUAUGAUCUUUUUUUUUAAUUUGUAAUAUUUGUUGUUUAUUUUAUAUAAUAAAUAUCUGUUCAACCAGUGAAAUGCCCUAAUGAAAUAAUUUGGCAGUGUUAAUUCACUUGGUGAACAUAAAAUUUCAGCUUCUGAAAACCAUUAGAUUGUUUUUUUUUUUCUUAUUGUAUUAAAUUUCAGACAAUUCUUGUUCAAGUUGAUACAUUUGAAACAAUCAAUUAAAAGUAUGUGGUAUUUUGGUGAAUGAUUUUCAAAAUAAUCUUUUACCUUAUAGAUCAAAUCUGUUUAAAAAAAAAGAUUUUACAUUACAAGUCAACAAAAAAUAUUUAUAUAUUUUUUUUCUCGCUCUGAAGUAAUUGUCUUAUGGUUGAAAAAGAACAAUUUAAUUUUUGAAAAGGCUCCUGUCUACACACAUAGAUGUAAUUUAUGUUGCUUUGCCUAAUUAUUUCUAAUUUGACCUCUUCUGUACUGUUGUUUCUCCUAGACCCAAAAUAUAUUAAAAGGACAAAGGUCUAUAGUUGUUUUAUUUUGCUCAUAUAAUUGUAGUAUUAUUUUUCAUUUCAUUACCUUAAUAGUUCAGAAAUAAAGUGCCUACGUAAUUUA